GGCACGAGCAGGGCGGAGAGGGAGGAGGGGUGACGCAGCGGCGCGGUGACGCAGCGUGGCGGCGGCGACGGCGGCAGCGGCGGCGACGGCGUCGGUCGGUGUGAGGAGAGAGGGAGGGAAGGCGGUGAGAGCGAGGCGAGUGAGGGCGGCGGUGGCGCGGGCCGGAGGCGGAGCCCAUGGAGACCUCCCUGACGUGAACAGGCCUCUGCCCCCGCUGCCCCCCUGGGAUUUUCUAAGCACCCUGAUCCCCCCGGGGAGAGACAGCAGGAUUCUGGAGCCGAGACCAUGUGACAGCAUUGCCCUGCCCCACCAUUCCCCCACCCCCGGCCUCUGCCGGUGCAAGCCCAGGCCCUGGCCACGGCACCAUGAUGUUCCGAGACCAGGUUGGCAUCCUCGCUGGCUGGUUCAAGGGCUGGAAUGAGUGUGAGCAGACAGUAGCCUUGUUGUCAUUGCUGAAGCGGGUCACCCGAACCCAGGCCCGAUUUCUGCAGCUUUGCCUGGAGCACUCCUUGGCAGAUUGUAACGAUAUCCACCUUCUGGAGUCAGAGGCCAACAGUGCUGCCAUCAUCAACCAAUGGCAGCAAGAGUCCAAAGAGAAGGUAGUCUCCCUCCUGUUAUCCCAUCUGCCCCUGCUCCAGCCUGGUAACACAGAGGCCAAGUCCGAAUACAUGAAGCUGCUGCAGAAAGUGCUGGCCUACUCCAUUGAAAACAACGCCUUCAUUGAGGAGAGUCGGCAGUUGCUGUCCUAUGCCCUCAUUCACCCGGCCACCACAGUGGAGGACCGAAACUCGCUAGCCCUCUGGCUCAGCCACCUAGAGGAACGGCUGGCUGGGGGCUUCCGGACCCGAGCCGAGACUACCUACCACUCCCGCCAGGGCUCAGAUGAGUGGGGUGGUCCCGGGGAGGCUGGCCCUGGUGAGCUAGGGCCAGGCUGGCAGGACAAGCCACCACGAGAAAACGGACAUGUGCCCUUCCACCCUUCUGGUGCGGUGCCAUCCACCAUCAACAGUAUUGGGAGCGCUGCUAAUGCAGGUCUCCCCUGCCAAAUCCACCCGAGCCCGCUGAAGCGGUCCAUGUCACUCAUCCCCACAAGCCCACAGGGUCCUGGUGAAUGGCUGAGCCCAGAGGAACUGGGGGCGAGAGCAGCCUUUGCCCCACCCGACCAUGCGCCCCUCUCACCCCAGAGCAGUGUGGCUUCCUCAGGCAGUGAGCAGACGGAGGAGCAGGGCUCCAGCCGGAACACUUUUCAGGAGGACGGUAGUGGGAUGAAAGAUGUGCCAUUGUGGCUCAAGAGUCUUCGCUUGCAUAAGUACGCUGCCCUCUUCUCCCAGAUGAGCUAUGAGGAAAUGAUGACCCUGACUGAGCAGCAUCUGGAAUCUCAGAAUGUGACCAAAGGUGCCCGUCACAAGAUUGCCCUGAGCAUCCAGAAGCUUCGUGAGAGGCAGAGUGUCCUCAAGUCUCUGGAGAAGGAUGUGCUGGAAGGUGGGAACCUGAGGAAUGCAUUACAGGAGCUCCAGCAGAUCAUUGUCACACCUAUUAAGGCAUACAGCAUCCUUCAGGCAGCUGUGGUGGCUGCAGCCAAGGAGGGGGGAAGGGGGGAGCCGCCGCUGGGCGCCGAGCCCCCCCCAGCUCGCCCAGCCCCAGAGAAGGCCCCUGAGGCCAAGGAUCCUCCAGCAGAAAGCUAUCCCCCCCAGCCGGCCCCUGCCCCCAGUGAUGGCAGUGAGCCAGCCACAGCCCCUGUCGCCGAUGGAGACCUCCCUAGCCAGUUUACCCGUGUGAUGGGCAAAGUGUGCACCCAGCUGCUGGUGUCCCGGCCAGAUGAGGAAAACAUUACCAGUUACCUCCAGCUCAUCGAAAAGUGCCUGACACAUGAGGCUUUCACCGAGACACAGAAGAAACGCCUGCUGUCCUGGAAGCAGCAGGUGCUCAAGCUGCUUCGAACCUUUCCCCGAAAAGCUGCCCUGGAGAUGCAGAGCUACCGGCAGCAGCAGAAGGGCUGGGCUUUUGGCUCCAACUCGCUCCCCAUAGCUGGUUCUGUGGGGAUGGGAGUGACCCGACGGGCCCAGCGGCAGUUCCAGAUGCCUCCUCGGGCUCUGCCACCUAGCCGAAUGGGCAUCCUGAGUCCUGCAGGCAUUGGGGGCGUCUCACCUCGGCAUGCCCUCACCAGCCCUAGUCUUGGGGGGCAAGGACGACAGAACCUGUGGUUUGCCAACCCUGGAGGCAGUAACAGCAUGCCCAGUCAGAGCCGGAGCUCCGUGCAGCGCACCCACUCCCUCCCUGUGCAUUCCUCCCCACAGGCUCUCCUCAUGUUCCCCCCAGACUGCCAGGUGCCGGGCCCAGACCUGGAGAUCAACCCUACGCUGGAGUCUCUCUGCCUCAGCAUGACAGAGCACGCUUUGGGUGAUGGGACAGACAAAACCUCCACGAUCUGAUGUGACCGAGAGCCCAGCAGACACGUCAUCUCCCUGGGGUGGGGAGAGGGGGCUGGUCCAUCCCCUCAGUGACAGAGGGGUGGUGUUGGCUCAGUUAUAUGUUCUAAUAUUUUUCUACUUUAUUAUCCCUUUAACUCUGGUUUAAUAUUGAUAGACACCAUUCGCCCCCCUCCCCCCAGAAGCCCCACGUUGCUAUGAUGCAGGGUAUAGAGGGGGAUCUCUGCUGAGGGCCAGGGCAUGGUAGGGAGGGGAACCAGGGCCAGGGGAGCUGCCCUGGGCACCUCUUCUUUCCCCUGCUUCCUUUCUGGACGAUGGCUUUCCCAGAACUCUGACUCCAAAGGAGAUCACCAGAUUCCCCCUCCCCCUUAGGGGAGCAGUGGGGGGGACAGAGCACAUCUCUGCCUGCUCUGGUCAACACUUUGUGGGAGGAGACAAAGUCUUGUUUUCUUCCAUUAUUUCGCCUCUUUCUCGCAGACACACAUCUUGCCCCAAGGAUUGGGAGCCACCUCCCUCUCCCCCUCCGCCCCCAUCCCCUUCCCAGAGUUUCCGUACGAUUAAUUUCUUAGGCCUAUUUAAGACAUAUAUUUAUAUAGUUCUUAGCGGUUUCUCUGUCUCUCUCUUUCAAUCACACGCUCCCUUCCUCUCAUUUUUAAUCUCCUCAUUGGGUCUCUCUGAGCCAUGAUGUGUGGAGGGAGGGUGAUAGGGGAGGCUGAGGGUUUGGGGGAUGGGACCGGGGAGAGGGCAGCGCCUUCUCCCCCCAUCCUUCGUCCACCCUGCCCCCCAGACUCCCCUCUACCCCCUGCCUAGCUCCUGGAGGCCCCGGGGGGAGGGAGGGCAGGGCAAAUAGGUGGGGGAGUGACCAGUGGGGUCAGAAAGUCUGUUGCCUUAAUGCCCCCUCCCUUCACACACACCCUUUCUGUAGCCCCACCCUAACCAGGAGGUGAGAGACUGGGGGUGGGCAAUGGAAGGGCUGUUCUUUAAGUUUUUUUCCUUUUCUUCUAACCUUCUCCCUGCUCUGUCGUGACCUCACUAAAGUGGAACACUACAUCAUAGCCUAGAGUCCCAUCCCCCUACCCCCUUGGGGCUGCUGGAGGGGAGAUGUCAGAAACUGCCCUCUCCUCCCCCUCCCCCUCAGGUGGGCCCACCCUACCCCUUUCUGCUGGGACUCUCUCAAGCUUUUCACACAGAAAAGGAAAAAAAAAAUGUUAUUUUUAGAUACAUUUUAUGAAUAACUUUUGUUAUGACUAUGGCUGGUAACCAUUACGUAUGUUAUUAAAGAAACAAAAUGUUGGAAAAAAAAAACCAAAAAACCCCCCCCACACCUGUCCCCUCUCCCUUCUUCCCAACAGCCACCCAGUCUGGUGCCCCUGGCUCAACUUUCCCUUCUCAGCUCCUGGUCUAUUCCCUUUCCUGCCCAGGGAGGGAGGGGGGGCAGGGAAUCCCAGGGGCCUCAUCUCCAGGGGGGCCUCCCCACACCCUGGCUGGGGGGAGGGGUGGGGAGGGGCUCGGGUUUAUUUAUGUACCUCUUGCACUCAUCAACCUAUGCAAGCCCCUCUCCCCCAUCCCCUCCAUAUUGCUGUGCCUUUGCCUGUCCCCCAUCUCCUAGGGGACACCACGAUUUGGAAUCAGCAGAAUGGUGUUUUGUGGGGUAGGGGUUCCUGUCCACUCUAGGUUACCCCCCUGCCCCCAUCCCCAGCCGGGUCCCAUCCCAUCAGUCUGGUAGGCAUGAGCCGGCUCAGCCUACCAGUGAGGACCUCCCUAUUGGAAGGGGGUGGGGACCCCCAGAGAGGAGAAAACCAUCCUCUCCCACCCUCCAGCCUGACACCAGAGUGUGUGGGACGCAGGCGGCCCCCACCCCGACGGGCAGGACCCAGUCCCCCGUCCCCUGUCUUCCCUUCCCUCCCGGGCCCUCCAUGGUUUCAGCACCCCCAUCUUUCCCCAGCCCCACUGGCAGAAGCAGCUUUGAGUAACUGUACACAGUUUUUCUCUCUGUUGGAGAAAACAAAUUUGUUGGAGUUUCACUUGUUUAAUGGUCCGGGCUUAUUUUGGAAAAAAAAUUCUGACCUUUGUUAUAAUACAUUUAAUGAAAACCCAAAAUUCCUUUGACCCAA